CAGGAAACGGGCCUCAUUUUGGACAGGACACCUGAAAUGAUUUGUAUUCGGCUAUUCGCCUUCGAUGUUUCAACUCAGCCAUGAUUGAUCCACAGGGAAAAUAUGUUUACCAAGGAUUCAGUUAAAUAAAAUCCACAGGUUGUUCCGUCAGAGGCGUUUUGCAGUUCAUAGAAUCAUAAUUCUCUCUCCGUCAAUGUCAUCCUCUCCAUGGGUGGACUUUUAGCGCCAUCCCCGUGUUUUCACUCUGAAGACUUUGUCAAAUUCCUCUCCAUUUCUCUGCCGAUACAGUGAUCAGGAAAUGUAUGUAUGAUGUAUAUCUACUGAGAGGUCCUACAAAUAGCCCAAGUCAAGUAAACGGAGGAAAAUCUAAUGUGAAAGGGUUCAAUUUCUAAGCAUUUUAUUAAUUUUUGAUUUUGUCUACUCUACGCUUGCUAACCAUGAAUUAGCCUCCCCAGUACACAAAGGUAAUAGCUUUUUUCAAUUCUUAUUAAUUAUUUACCACUUUUAUUCUUAAGUCUUAGUCUUUGUCUGCAUCUUCGUUGCAUUCCUCUAACAAUCCUCUUCAAAAAGAUAAUAAUAAAAAUUGUAACAGUUUUUUCACCAGAGUUUCACAUAUAAUAUAUGUAAGAACUAAGAAAUAAUUUGGAAAUUUCAUAGCAGAGUUAUUUUCCUGAAAGUUGAUUACAGAUUUACAGAGCAUUUUCCUAGUAAUUCCUCCUUAUCACUCAUAGUCAUAGGGCUUUAUUGUGCUGUCUAAAUAAACUGUAUUAUACGUGCACAUAAAUUCAAAACAUACCAUUUUCUAUUGUUGUUUGCAUUUCCUUCAUCACCUUUUCUUGUAAAAUUACUGAUUGAUUACUCAUAAGGAAGUGAAUAAGUGCAGUAGGAAUGGAUGUGUCAGUAGUUCUCACGCUGGUACAAACUCUUAUCCAACUGCUGGACACUCCCGUUGGAGAGGAAAUCGAAUCCUUAUGGGGUUAUAAAUCCCAGCUUGAGAAACUCAAGGCCACUAUGUCCACCAUCAGAGCGGUGCUCCUUGAUGCUGAGAAGCAAGAGAGACAGCAACUUGAGCUCAGCCACACAUUACAAGACAAGCUCGGGAGGCUCAAGGAAGCCGUUUACAAAGCUGAUGACUUGUUUGAUGAGGUCGCUACUCUUGCCCAGCGCAAGAAGCUCAUGUCUGGUAGCAGUGUGAGGAAAGAGGUACGCCUUUUCUUCUCUCGCUUUAAUCAGCUCCGUUCUGCUUUCAAUAUGUCUCGUGAAGUUAAAAAGAUCAAGGAGAUAUUGAAUGAUGUUGUUAGAGAUCAUCAUGGCUUUGGCUCGAGACCACAGCAUGGUCAUGAGGUAUGCGAGGUGAAAACCGAAAGGGACUCUCACUCUUUUGUACACGAGGAAGAUGUUAUUGUUGGGAGAGAUCAAGACAAGAGGAUAGUGAUAGAUAUGUUACUAGACAGUUCUGUUGCCGAGGAUGUUUCUUUUGUGACCAUAGUUGGGAUGGGAGGGUUGGGGAAGACAGCUCUUGCCCAACUUGUGUAUAAUGAUGAGGCAAUUGAAAGGGAAUUUCCAUUGAAGAUGUGGGUUUGUGUCUUUAAUGAUUUUCAUACCAAAUUGCUUCACAAAAUUCUCACAUCUGUAACAAACCAAGCAGAUUAUGUUGGCUUAGAAAUGGAGCAGCUCCAGAGAAGAUUGCGACAGGAACUUGAGGGAAAGAAGUAUCUGCUUGUUUUGGAUGAUGUUUGGAAUGAGGAUUUUAAUAAGUGGCACAAGUUGAAAAUUUUGCUGAUCGGAGGUGGUAGAGGUAGCCGAGUUAUUGUGACCACACGCUCUAAGAGGGUAGCAGACAUGGUGGGAAACCGCUAUAUGUUUGAAUUACAUGGUCUUUCAGAGAGAGACUCCUGGAACUUAUUUGAGAGAAUGACUCUAGAAACUGGGCAGGAUGAAAUUGAGCCAUACUUGGUCAAUACUGGAAAAGAAAUUGUCCAAAAGUGUGCUAAUGUUCCUCUUGCCAUAAGGGUUGUAGGAAGUCUUCUUCGAGGCCAGGCAGAAAGUAGGUGGCGAUUUUUGAAAAACACUGCCUUGGCAAACAUAGAACCUGAUGAGAAUGACAUAGUUCGUGCAUUGAAGAUUAGCUAUUAUUAUCUUCCGUACCAUUUGAAGAGCUGCUUCAGUUAUUGUGCUGUAUUCCCCAAGCAUUACAAGAUCAAGAAGGAGGAUUUGAUCAGUCUCUGGAUGGCACAAGGUUUUAUCGUUCCAUUAGGCAGAGAGAGUCUUGAAGAUGCUGGCCUGGUGAGGAGUACUUCAUGAAAUUUACUGCAAAGGUGCUUCUUUC